CGGCCACGAAACGCGAUCAAUAAAUUUCACCCUCCCUCUCAUUUUAACCUCGUUAUUGCACCAAAAAAUAAAUGCCGCAGUGUUAUGACUUUGAAAAAAUCUCUGUCCCUUCUCACUUUUUUGAAAAUAACAGCCGUGUUGGCAAUCGAUUGCUUCAAAUGUGUCUCAAUCAACAGGGAUUACCCUCCUUGUGAGGACCCUUUUCACAACAACUACACUUUGGAUGUUUUCGAAUCACCCUGUAUGGGCGGCCGGAAAGGACGCGAUGGCUUGUUUCCGGCCACUUCCUGUGUGAAAAUAACCGGAGUUUUUGACGAUAAUGGGGACACGGUGACAGUGCGAGGUUGUGCCUUAGACAGCGGAACCUUAACCACAGACACAGAAAUCGUCCGAAUGUCACACUGUGGGGGCUUUUACUACGACAACAGAUAUGCAAGAGGUUGCGUUCAAAGUUGCAACGACGCCGACGCCUGUAAUUCAGGGCAAAAAUUUCGUCCAUUAUUUUUAGUCGUCGCAAUUGCGACAAUGUUCCCAUUUGUUUGAAAAAAUAAAAAAAAAUAAAAC